AUGGACGUUAAUAACACCUUUCUUCAUGGUGACUUGUAUGAGGAUGUUUACAUGAAACCCCCACAUGGUUAUAUUCUCUCAUCAAAUGAUUCAUCUCUGUUUUUGAAACGAAAUGACCAAUCUAUCAUUAUCGUCGCCGUGUAUGUCGACGACAUUUUAGUAACUGGCAAUGAUUCUGAUGGUAUUCAGCAACUGAAAACUUAUUUGGAUAAUCGUUUCAAAAUAAAGGAUCUCGGGCAAAUUCACUUUUUCUUGGGUCUUGAAUUCAAUUCUACUUCAGACGGUAUGAUAGCUCAACAACAAAAAUUCAUCAAGGAUUUGUUAUCUCAUUACUCAAUUGAUGACUACUCUACCGUCUCUUUUCUACUGCCAUAUGAUAUUGCAAUUUUGUUUCAGACCAGCAAUCUCCUUCAAGAUGCCACAAUCUAUAGACAAUUGAUUGGAAAAUUGAAUUUUCUCAUUCAUACUCGCCCCGAUUUGGCUUACACUAUUCAAUUUCUUAGUCAAUUUAAUCAGAGACCUUGUCAAGAACAUUUGGAUGCUGCUAUACGUGUUCUCCGUUAUCUUAAGGGUACCAUCAAUCAUGGCUUAUUUUUCAAUAAUGAUCCCAUUUUUAAAAUCGAGGCCUUUUGCGACAGUGAUUGGGCUGCCUGUCCUCUCACACGAAGAUCUGUUAGUGGGUAUUUUAUUCUCUUUGGUGGAGCUCCAAUUUCAUGGAAAUCCAAGAAGCAAACAACGGUUUCUCUUUCUUCUGCUGAAGCAGAGUACUGA